CUCCCUCCCACAACCACCACCACCACCACCAUCUUCAUCUGUGUCCCUGCACUCGAGCACAGCACGCACGAGGAGAAGUGAGGCUUGAGCACGCCGCCGGCGGGCGCAAUGGUGAUGGAGAAGCACGAGCAGGCGGCGGGGAAGGUGUCUGCCUUCAACCUCGCCGAGGCCGGCUACGGCGACCGGCCGGACCUCGACGACGACGGCCGCGAGAGGCGCACGGGCACGCUGGUGACGGCGAGUGCGCACAUCAUCACGGCGGUGAUCGGCUCCGGCGUGCUGUCGCUGGCGUGGGCGAUCGCGCAGCUGGGGUGGGUGAUCGGCCCCGUCGUGCUCGUCGCCUUCUCCGUCAUCACCUGGUUCUGCUCCAGCCUCCUCGCCGACUGCUACCGCGCACCCGACCCCGUCCACGGCAAGCGCAACUACACCUACGGCCAGGCCGUCAGGGCAUACCUCGGGGUUUCCAAGUACCGGCUGUGCUCGCUGGCGCAGUACAUCAACCUCGUCGGCGUCACCAUCGGAUACACCAUCACCACGGCCAUCAGCAUGGGGGCGAUCAAGCGCUCCAACUGCUUCCACCGCAACGGCCACUCCGCUGAUUGCGAGGCCUCCAACACGACGAACAUGAUCAUCUUCGCGGGCAUCCAGAUCCUGCUCUCGCAGCUGCCCAACUUCCACAAGCUCUGGUGGCUCUCCAUCGUCGCCGCCGUCAUGUCCCUCGCCUACUCCUCCAUCGGCCUCGGCCUCUCCAUAGCCAAGAUUGCAGGUGGGGUGCACGCCAAGACGACGCUGACUGGGGCGACCGUGGGGGUCGAUGUGUCCGCGACCGAGAAGAUUUGGAAGACGUUUCAGUCCCUGGGAGACAUCGCCUUUGCUUACUCCUACUCCAAUGUCCUCAUAGAAAUCCAGGACACGCUGCGGUCGAGCCCGCCGGAGAACGUGGUGAUGAAGAAGGCGUCCUUCAUCGGCGUGUCGACGACGACCAUGUUCUACAUGCUCUGCGGCGUGCUCGGGUACGCGGCGUUCGGCAACCAGGCCCCGGGGAACUUCCUCACCGGCUUCGGCUUCUACGACCCCUUCUGGCUCAUCGACGUCGGCAACGUCUGCAUCGCCAUCCACCUCAUCGGCGCCUACCAGGUCUUCUGCCAGCCCAUCUUCGCCUUUGUCGAGGCCUGGGCUCGCGACCGGUGGCCCGACAGCGGUUUCCUCAACGCCGAGCGCGUCGUGCGCGUGCCCCUCGCCGGCGACUUUCCCCUCAGCCCGUUCCGGCUGGUGUGGCGCACGGCGUACGUCGUGAUCACGGCGCUCGUGGCCAUGAUCUUUCCCUUCUUCAACGACUUCCUGGGGCUCAUCGGCGCGGUGUCCUUCUGGCCGCUCACCGUCUACUUCCCCGUCCAGAUGUACAUGGCGCAGGCCAAGACACGCCGCUUCUCGCCGACGUGGACGUGGAUGAACGUGCUGAGCUUCUCCUGCCUCGUCGUGUCACUGCUCGCCGCCGCCGGAUCCGUCCAGGGGCUCAUCACCGACCUCAAGGGCUACAAGCCCUUCAAGGUCUCCUAAUAAGGAUCGACGACUUCACAAUUCACAUCUGUGUGCAUGUGACCGAUGGAACAUUAGCUGCAGCAAUGAACUCUGAAACUUGCAUGAGCAUGCAUGCGUAGUACUAGUGAUACAGACAGUCAUGGGAGGGUAUGAGGGGUCAUGAGGCAGGUUAAUUCCAGUGCCGUUAAUGUUGGUGAAAGUAGCCUAAGUAAUAUGGUUUGGAUUUGAACUUUGAAAUGUAUAUGUAAUUAAGUAAGUGUAAUGCCAGCAACAGGUUGUUGUUAGUCUGGGCAAAUGGAAAUAAGAUGCUAGAACUGAGUUGACUGAGAUGCAAA